AUGCAGCACUCAGCCUCUUCAAUAUUCUUCCAGACCCCUGAGCUCCGCGUUCGUCUAUCAACCUUUCUUACGAAAAAGUCCAUCGCCCGCCUCGCAAAAACAUGUCAUCGUCUCCGCAACUCAUUCGUCCCCCUCCUCUGGCGGGAUCUCGAACUCACAGUCGACAAAAAAGUCGAGACAUCUCUUCAGGAGCUCGUGAACCUAGGUCGGCGGGCCAAGUUUGUUUCCAGUCUUGUUAUUUCAAGGGGAUAUUUGAUCAUGUAUAUCAACGGACUGAGGGAUGACGCGGAUCCGACGGCUUUCUUGAUCGGGCGCCCGCCUUGGCUUCCCGUGCCGGACUCGGAGUAUUGCCUGCCUGCCAAGUUUUAUCCGAUGAACCGACUAACACGUCUCGAAUGUUCGCUCAAUGGAGAGCCUCUGGACCUUUAUGUUGCCCGCGUCGCAGGGGUUGAGAUCCAGUACCCGCCCCAAGGACUUGCCCAGCUGUGCUGGUUGAUUCAGCUGAAUCCUGGCCUGACCCACGUCUCGCUCCGGUCGGUCUAUUUCCGCUCAUCCCUUGAAGUCAGGAGUCUCGCUCGUGCGAUCAACAGCCUCGACCAUCUCUCUCGCCUACGCAUCGACAGUAUCCCUUCUCGUGACAAUUGGCGCCACGUCUACUGGACCAUGUUUCUCUGCUGCAGUCCGUCGCUCGAGUCGCUUGUCAUUGAAGUUGGAGGGGUGCCGAAGGGGUUUGUGCCCCAGUUGACGCCAGGACCGGAAGACUUGGAUGUGAUGCUGGGGCCACUACGGUUAUAUUCGGACACAGAGCCACGGCCGAAUCUACGACACCUCGUUCUGCCCAUGUCUACAAAGGCCGACAUGUCGCUUUACUUUCAUAUCCUCCGACUGUGCCCACGACUGCAGCGACUUGACCUGGAGCUGCUCGGGUGUCGGGAGGAGGACAUCAGAGCGAUCGGUCCAUGGAUCCAGCAGCAUUGUCCUGAGAUCUCGACUGUCAGGAUCCGACAGGGACAACGGCUCCAUAUCGAGGAUGUCGUGUUGGAGUUGCUGGCGGGGCUGAACACUUCCUGGAGCACACUGCAGACGAUACACUAUGAAAAGUUUGUCGAGGGUGUGCCAAGGAGUAUGGUCAAUAUGGUCUACCAACACCAUCGCACAUUACGGGAUGUCCGGUUGACCGACGCUCGAACUGUCUACAGUUCAGGGAUCCGGGCGCUGCUGACGAUUUGCGCAGGUUUGGAGAGGUUGGAGAUUGUGAACGACGAGGGGCCGACAGGACGUGCAGACAUUGAGGACUUGGUUGCCCAACCCUGGGUGUGCCAUGGAUUGCGGGUCCUCCAGAUGAGGGUUAUCUGGGGUGACUUUGAGGACCGAUGCCCUUACUACCUUCAGGACCCUAACACGGGUCUGUCGCCGAAGGAUUACGCACGAUGGGUUUUGCUGGAAAAGUUUUACUUCCAGGUCGGGAGCAUGACCAAGCUGGAGGUACUGGGUCUGAAGGCGUAUCUGGAAGUUAAUAUUGAGGACAUCCCGGACUACGAGCUGUACAACGGGAUCGAAGACGACAUGCGCGAUAAGGCCUCGUUCCCCCAGCUCUUGACUCUAGGAAAUGAGGCGGCCGAUCGGGUCGGGUACCUGAAUUACCUAUGCCGACUCAAGAACCUGCGCGAACUCCGAGGGUCGGUUCAUUUGGUUUCUGAAGAAAUCGAGGAGACGUUCCGGCAGCGGGAGGUCGAAUGGGUGGCGCGUCAUUGGCCGCGGUUGAAGGUGAUUGAGUUGAUCCAGUACCAGGCCGCGAAGCCUAAACGGAUCAAAGGGAACAUACAUCUGAACUGGUUGAUGAAGCAUUUGCCUGGGAUUGAUAUCCGCAGACCACCGACUGGAUACGCGAUGACGGGGUGCAAGGACUCUUUCCAGGACCAUUAUGAUGACUAUUUGUAG